AAGGAACGAAUCCAAUUCAAAGUAUCCGUAUUCUUCCAUCAUACAAAUCUCUCUCCUUCUCUCUCUCUCUCCUGCUGUGUGUGUGUGUGUGUGUGUGUGUGUGAAAAAGCUACUGGUGGUAUGAAGGAAAGAUUCAUGCCAUGACAGAGAAAGUUUAAUCCAUGGAGAGGGAGAGAGAAGAUAUCGUGUUUUGUGUUGAAUUGGUCGAACCUUGGAGCAGCUUUUUGAAAAGGGGUUUUGGAAAUCUGGGGGGACUUUAUCCAUAGUUAAGGUUAUAACAGUAAUGCUGGGAACAUAUGGGGAGAAAAGGAAGUUGGUUUUCUGCAAUCAAGAAGGUUUUUACAUCCAACUCGAAAGACAAGCUACCGAAUGAAGUAGAGAAGAAAAGUCCCCACGAAAAGAAGGGGCGGGGGAAACUAAAACAUGGAGAGAGUAGAUCGUUCAUUCCUCUCUUCCGAGAGCCAAGCAGCAUUGAGAAAAUCUUGGGGGAAGUUGACCAACAGUUAUUGUUUAUUGGACAUCCUACAGCUGUUGAGCAACCACCACCACCACCGUUCUCCGGAAGGCCUGCCUCUCCGAUGGUCACUUCUCAUCAAGCGGCUUCCCCAAGAGUUUCUUCUCCUAGGGAACCUUCCCCAAGGAGUUCUCCUCCUAGAGUUGUUCAUCAACGCACGGAAAUCAGCUAUAGACCGGAGCCAACUCUACGACACCACCACCUUUCAGCUACCAUAAUCCAGGCCGCCUAUAGAGGGUAUAUGGCAAGGAGGAGCUUCAGAGCUUUGAGAGGUCUUGUGAGGCUGCAAGGAGUGGUAAGAGGACAAAACGUGAAGCGACAAACCGUCAACGCCAUGAAACAGAUGCAACUGUUGGUGAGGGUCCAAACUCAAAUUCAGUCGAGAAGAAUCCAAAUGUUAGAAAACCAAGCACUUGAACGCCAAACGUACAAAAACGACAAAGAAGUCGAGACUUCAAUCGGCAAAUGGACCUUCAGUAAUCUACUGGAGGUUGGCGAUGAACAUUGGGACGAUAGCUUGAUAACGAAAGAAGAAAGAGAAGCAAGGCUGCAGAGAAAAAUGGAGGCAGUGAUCAAGAGAGAAAGAGCCAUGGCAUAUGCAUACUCCCAUCAGUUAUGGAAAGCGACACCACAAUCAGCUCAAAACGCUCUGACGGACAUCCGGUCUGGCGGAUUUCCGUGGUGGUGGAACUGGUUAGAACGCCAACUGCCUUCCGAUGAACCCAUUAGGAACCCCGAAUUCACACCCACGCCACCACGGCCAAAUCUCGAUCAAAAAACAAGCCCGCGUCCUCAGUCCAGCAUCUUCAAGCAGAACAACUUUUCGUUCGACAAUCUCGACACACCCACGCCGAGAUCAUCAAGAUCGAUGAUCCCACCAAGGACCCGACAACAAAUGACCCCAACAAGAACUCCACCAUCAACCACCCCAAACCUAAUGAAGUAUUCCAAAGCAAAAGGCAGUGCCGCUGGUUCUCCGUACCCGAUGAAAGACGACGAUAGCUUGAUGAGCUGCCCACCAUUUUCGGUUCCAAACUACAUGAGCCCUACUGUUUCAGCGAAAGCCAAAGCCCGACUAACUGGUAAUCCUAAAGACCGCCUCACGAGCACUGCAGCUAGCGAGUCGUCAUCAAAACGGCGGUUUUCGUUCCCGCUAACGCAAAGCAUCGGUUCGUCGUUCAAGUGGAACAAACGGUCUUCAAGCAAAGAUUCUAUGGCAUCUCUGGCUCCAAGGGCGUUGGAAAAACACAAAUCUCCACGGUCGAUCGGAGAUUUGAGCAUGGAUUCCUCCAUUUCGAUGCCGGCGGCGGUCGGAAGGAGACCAUUUAACAGAUAUGUGUGAACUUUUAUUCGUUUUUGAUUUAAAUCUUGGUGGGUUUUGAUUUCUUUGCUUUGAUUUUGGGUCUUUUUUUUUGUAUUUUUGGGUAAAAGGAGUGUUUGAUUGGUUCUCUACAUAUCGAUUGAUGACAGAAUACUGAAUUACUGAUGUAUGUAUGAUAAUAAACAAGCCAUUGUUGUUUGGGUGUAACAAAUUUGUUCCUUCUC